AAGUUAACUUUAUGAAUGAAAAAUGCAGGACUUAAGGAAAAAUCUGCCUCAGCAAAGUCAGUCUUACCUGGACAACCAGAGGACCACAUACAACCAGAAGAUCAGGCUAUGAAAACAUCAGAACACCAGAAUGUUGAAAAUGAAGUAGAAGAGAUCAUUCAGUUUGAUCAUCAAGAAACACUGCAGACACAACAUGAUAAUGACAAGGAAGAAGAAGCAGUUGAAGCAGGAGAACAGCAAAUAGAAGACGAUGAAGAUAUUCCUAUGAGAAAUGAGUUAGAAGAUAAACUUGAAGACUUGGAAACAGAAACACAUUAUGAUGAAAUCGAAGAGAGCUAUUAUCAGACAGAAGUGCCUGAGUCAGAUUCAAAUGACUAUAAUAAGGAUGGGGAAGAGAUUGUGUACGAACAGGAAAAUCCAGAUUACCAUGAACCAGUAGUCAAAGAUACAACACUGGACUAUGAUACAGAAGACACACCGUACCAAGACUAUGAUGAACAAGUCUAUGAACCUCCAGAAAAUGAGAGAACAGAAACUGUUUCAGAUGUUGCUGUAGAAGACUUAAACUUGGGUUUAGAGGAAGGAACUAUAUCCCCAGUAGAAGAACAGCAUGAAAUACCAUCAGAAACAGUUGUGAAAACAAAUGAACCAGAACAAAAAGAAAAAGCCAAGAAAAAGAAACCCAAACUUUUAAAUAAGUUUGAUAAGACAAUAAAAUCUGAACUUGAUGCUGCAGAGAAACUACGGAAAAAGGGAAAAAUUGAGGAUGCUAUGAAUGCCUUUGAAGAACUGGUACACAAGUACCCACAGAGUCCCCGAGCUCGAUACGGAAAAGCUCAGUGUGAAGAUGAUUUGGCUGAGAAGAGGAGGAGCAAUGAAGUACUCAGGAGAGCUAUUGAAACUUACCAGGAGGUAGCUGACCUGCCAAAUGUCCCUGCUGACCUGAUAAAACUCAGCCUGAAGCGGCAGUCAGACAGACAGCAGUUUUUAGGUCACAUGAGAGGCUCCCUGGUUACACUUCAGAAAUUGGUUCACUUAUUUCCCAAUGAUACUUCUUUCAAGAAUGACCUUGGAGUGGGUUAUCUCUUGAUUGGUGACAAUGACAAUGCUAAGAAGGUUUAUGAAGAGGUUCUGAAUGUGACUCCUAAUGAUGGCUUUGCCAAAGUGCAUUAUGGUUUUAUCCUGAAAGCCCAGAACAAGAUUGCUGAGAGCAUCCCUUAUUUGAAGGAAGGACUGGAAUCUGGUGACCCUGGCACUGAUGAUGGGCGUUUUUAUUUCCACUUGGGUGAUGCUUUGCAGAGAGUUGGGAACAAAGAGGCAUACAAAUGGUAUGAACUUGGACACAAGAGAGGUCAUUUUGCAUCUGUUUGGCAGCGUUCACUUUACAAUGUAAAUGGACUGAAAGCCCAGCCUUGGUGGACUGCAAAAGAAACUGGUUAUACUGAGUUAGUGAAGACCUUAGAAAGAAACUGGAAAUUAAUUCGCGAUGAAGGCCUUGCUGUGCUAGAUAAAACCAAAGGUCUCUUCCUGCCUGAAGAUGAGAAUCUGAGAGAAAAAGGUGACUGGAGCCAGUUCACUCUGUGGCAGCAAGGAAGAAAAAAUGAAAAUGCUUGCAGAGGAGCUCCAAAAACUUGCGCUUUAAUAGAAAAAUUUCCAGAAACAACAGGGUGCAGAAGAGGACAGAUCAAAUAUUCUGUCAUGCACCCAGGUACUCAUGUCUGGCCUCACACAGGGCCUACAAACUGUAGGCUAAGGAUGCAUCUGGGACUGGUGAUACCCAAGGAAGGCUGCAAGAUCCGUUGUGCCCAAGAGACCAAGAUUUGGGAAGAGGGGAAAGUGCUCAUCUUUGAUGACUCCUUUGAACAUGAGGUGUGGCAGGAUGCAACUUCCCUGCGCCUGAUCUUCAUUGUGGAUGUAUGGCACCCAGAGCUGACCCCUCAGCAGAGGCGAAGUCUGCCUGCAAUUUAACCCAUAUUGCAGGCUCAGAACACAAAUGAGCAAGUCUCCUAAUGUCUGUUUUAUCUGCGUGGAUGUGUAGACAGAGCCAUAAAUGCUGAAGUUCCUAAUGCCUCUACUUGAAUUGCAGCCUGAAAAAUGCUAGCCUGCUCAGGUUUAGAAGAUGCUGAAGGAAUGGUUUGUCCAGUCCAGAUCAUUUAGAAAUUGUCCUUCUCUGUUCCAUGCUGCUCUGACGCUGACAUUUAAAGUGAAAACAUGAGACCUUCUAUCUUCCCAGCCAAAGAUUUUGCCCCUAGAAUAGGUUUGUCAGUGUUUGUUGUUAGGAAAUGUAGAUAAUGUGAGUGGAUGGUUAUCAUUUUGUAAUUUUUAAAUGUAAUUGUAUUUUUCUAUUAAGCUAGUCAUAGAACAUUUAUUUUUAUGAACCACUACGUUC